AUGGAAAAGGAAAACCUCUAUUUAGGAAAACCUAGACCACUUUUUGUAAGAUUUUCUGUUGCCAGCGGUGAAAUGAAAUCCCACAACUGGCCUAUACUCACAUUAGACUAUCGGGCCCAGUGUGUCCAACCGUUAGUUACGGAGCCUUUUGGAGGCUGUAUAGUACAGUUACGGAAGAGGAGGCUGUUACUAACUAACUGUACGGAGGAGAUGACAUCUACUGUUGUUGAUCUCACUGUUUUAAUGUACUCUGUAAGCUCAGUCAGCUCACUAGAAUUGGGACAUCAUAAUGGGCAAAAGAAUAACGUAGAUGGCAUAGUUGCUGAAUUUGUUAGAAGAUUGCUAACAAAACAGGCAAUAACGGCAUUCUCCGCAUUAAUCUCCGAACACGAGCCCCCUGGCCCUCAGCAACCUGCCUUCAACCGCCCAAAACCACCAAAAAUCCUAUAUAACUACCGUAAACGUGUACUGCAGUACUUUAUUAUAAUUGAGAUCAAGUUUUUUUUGAAAAGGGUAUGGGGAAGUGGAGAGAAAAUAAAAUGA